UUGUGGCAUUGCCAGUUGAUUGGAUUGCCAUGAGAUGAACUGUGCAGAGUGUGUGUGUGUGCGUGUGUGUGGCAUGUGAUUUAUGGGUCCCCCGUGUUGAUACGGGAUAUGCGAUAGAUACGAGUAUACAAUAGAUACAAUGUCAUUAGCGAGACUCCUCCACCGCCAUUUCAGCAGAGGGUAUGCCAAGACAGGACUGCCUUCACUCGGCAAUGGUGUUUACGGAUAGUCCAAGAAAAGUAUCGAUUUAAAUGGAUUAAUUUCGAUUAAUAGUUAACCUUUUCAAAAAACUGUUCAAAAAAUAAUCCAUUCUGUACAGGGUGCCUCGCUCCAGUACUCAUCGUCCCCGACAAACUCCAAAACUAAUCGAAAAUUGUUCAGUUCAAACAACAACAAAACUACGAGUACUCCCAAAAUCCUUUAUUGUUAUUUUCGAUAAUGCUGAGAUCAUCGGACCAGAUCUUCGCCUGCGGCUUUGAGAUCUUCGGCAAAGUGCAGGGCGUCCGCUUGCGCAAACAAACGCGCGAUCUGGCCACAAUGAACCAUGUGCGCGGCUGGGUGAUGAACACCGACGAGGGCACGGUCAAGGGCCAGCUGGAGGGCACCCUGCCCAAGGUCAACGAGCUUAAGUUCUGGCUCCUCAACUUUGGCAGUCCGCGGUCCAUCAUCGAGCGGGCCGAGUUUACGCCCACCAAGGAGAUACCGGCCCACACUUUUAACGGCUUUACCAUACGCUACCACCCCAAUCAGAUCGGGCAGCUUGAUCUGUAGAAAAGGAUGAAAGGAAACGGGACCAACUAUCUCAUAUAUACAUAUUGUUCGUGUUUUUUGUGUCUUUUGGGCUUUGUGUGGUGGUGUGGAAAAUACAUGUACUUUGUUAGCUAUA